UCUUUUAAGUAGGUUAACAUUUAGAUCCUCAUACUGGAGCAUGCUCUUGCAAAUAAGGGCUCGCUAAAUUGUCAUUUAGUUUUGGGAAACACAUGCAAGUAAGUUCUAAUAGAUGCCAUAUUUUGUUUUAUUAGGCCCUCAGUAAGGUAUCCAGCUGCUGAACAUUAGGACACUGCUUUUGAAACCUGGAUCAAUACAGGAAGUGUCCUAUAUGAUUUCCCAUCUCUGCAUGGAAUGCUGUUUGUAAUGUGGAUGUUCUCGACUUCACCUUCAUACUGGAAUUUAACUGUGUGGCUUGGAUACAUCCCAGCAAUAGUCAUCUUUACUCAGUGUGUGAACUAGAAACAAAGUCAAGAGAUGAGGAGAUUUGUCUACUGCAAGGUGGUUCUUGCCACUUCUCUGAUGUGGGUGCUUGUGGAUGUCUUUUUACUCUUGUACUUCAGUGAAUGUAACAAAUGUGAUGACAAGAAAGAGAGAUCACUGCUGCCUGCUCUAAGGGCUGUUAUUUCAAGGAACCAAGAAGGACCUGGAGAGAUGGGAAAGGCUGUGCUCAUUCCCAAAGAUGACCAGGAGAAAAUGAAGGAGCUGUUUAAAAUCAACCAGUUUAACCUUAUGGCCAGUGACCUGAUUGCACUUAACAGAAGUUUGCCAGAUGUAAGAUUAGAAGGAUGCAAGACAAAAGUCUACCCUGAUGAACUCCCAAAUACAAGUGUAGUUAUAGUAUUUCAUAAUGAAGCCUGGAGUACUUUGCUUCGAACUGUUUACAGUGUUAUAAACCGAUCCCCACACAAUCUGCUUUCUGAGGUGAUCUUGGUAGAUGAUGCCAGUGAAAGAGAUUUUCUGAAGUCCUCAUUAGAAAAUUAUGUGAAAAAUUUGGAAGUGCCAGUAAAAAUUAUUAGGAUGGAACAACGGUCAGGACUUAUUCGUGCUCGGCUCAGAGGAGCAGCGGCUUCUAAGGGCCAGGUCAUCACUUUCCUAGAUGCACAUUGUGAAUGUACUAUAGGCUGGCUUGAGCCCCUGCUGGCAAGAAUAAAGGAAGACAGAAAAACUGUUGUCUGUCCAAUCAUUGAUGUGAUCAGCGAUGAUACAUUUGAAUACAUGGCUGGGUCAGACAUGACUUAUGGAGGCUUUAACUGGAAACUUAAUUUUCGCUGGUAUCCUGUUCCUCAGAGAGAGAUGGACAGAAGGAAAGGAGACAGAACCUUGCCUGUAAGGACCCCUACUAUGGCUGGUGGCCUAUUUUCUAUUGACAGAAACUACUUUGAAGAGAUAGGAACUUACGAUGCAGGAAUGGAUAUCUGGGGUGGAGAGAAUCUUGAAAUGUCUUUUAGGAUUUGGCAGUGUGGAGGCUCCUUGGAGAUUGUAACAUGCUCUCACGUUGGACAUGUGUUUCGUAAGGCAACUCCUUAUACUUUUCCUGGUGGCACUGGUCAUGUUAUCAAUAAAAACAACAGAAGACUAGCAGAAGUCUGGAUGGAUGAGUUUAAAGAUUUCUUCUACAUAAUAUCCCCAGGUGUUGUCAAAGUGGAUUAUGGCGAUGUAUCAGUCAGAAAAGCACUAAGAGAAAAUCUGAAGUGUAAACCGUUUUCAUGGUACCUAGAAAACAUCUAUCCAGACUCUCAGAUUCCAAGACGCUAUUACUCACUUGGUGAGAUCAGAAAUGUUGAGACCAACCAAUGUUUGGAUAACAUGGGCCGCAAGGAAAAUGAAAAAGUGGGUAUAUUCAACUGCCAUGGCAUGGGAGGAAAUCAGGUAUUUUCCUUUACUGCUGAUAAAGAGAUCCGCACAGAUGAUUUAUGCUUGGAUGUUUCUAGACUCAAUGGCCCUGUGAUCAUGUUGAAAUGCCAUCAUAUGAGAGGAAAUCAGCUCUGGGAGUAUGAUGCUGAGCGGCUCACAUUGCGGCAUGUCAACAGCAACCAGUGUCUUGAUGAGCCGUCUGAGGAGGACAAAAUGGUUCCAACCAUGAAGGACUGCAAUGAAAGUCGAUCUCAACAGUGGUUGCUACGUAACAUGACCUUGGGUGCCUAAAUGAGACUUCCCAUGUUCUUUCAGGCCUUGCAAGGUGUCUAGGCUUUCAUUCUUCACUUAUCUAAAUCAGAAGAAAGGAUAUUCCUUCUCCUUUCUUUGUUCUUGGUGAACUGAAAGGCCUUGAAGCCCUCUGAGAAGUCCAGCUGUCAGAACAAAGUCAUUUGUUUUUUUGCUUGUUAUGGCAUGCUUGCACAUGCCUCUUUGAAAGCUGUGUCCAUUCAAAAGAAGCACAUUAGAAGCUAUAAAUAGCAUACUAUCUGCUACUAUCAAUGCCAGAUACAUUUGGAAAAGUAUAUCCAGAAAAACCUUGGAGCCUAAUAUCAAAAGGUUUUUUUGGGGGGAAAGGAGGAGGGUGUUUCUGGUUAUGUCACAUAAUGUUGCUUGGAAGUGACAUGAUGAAAAUGCCUUAUGACACAAACUUAUAUUGUGAAAGAUUUAUAAAUUUAAUAAAUUUGUUCUGGUCCUCCAUAGCAACACGGUGAGAAUAUUUUUUGCUAUAUUGUGUCAUUUAGUACUCAAUGAAGGAUUAAACUGAAAUGGAUACCGAGCAGUACAUUUACUGUACAUAACGAAUGUUUCAUUUGUUGUGCCAGGAACAAUGAAGUUGCUAUACAUAGCAGUUCUUUUAAAAAUAGCAAAACUGAACAAAGAAUGCGGUAAAAACGGAAACUGUAUAACAAAUGAAACUUCAAUAAAAGACAUUUGAAUGAUAUUAAGAAGUAGGCAACUUACAUGACUAACCCAGAUUAAUGCAAAUUGGUAUUACCCAUGAUUUCUGUACAGUCAGAAUAGAAAUCACUAUGGGCCUCAUUUACCAGUGUGCACCUCCAUUAACCCUAAAUGGUUGCAUGGGUGGAGAAUGGAACUGAUCGAAGAAUUUGGCCGAGUGAAAAGCUAGUCUGAAGCUCAAUCUGUAGCCCCUAGUUUUGAGCAUAAGUGUAGCAGCAGACUGUCUAAUGUAUACAAGGGCAUCCAAAGUUUGGAGAUCUUUGCAAUAUCAGAGCAUAAAGGGACAGGCUAAGGAUGGAGUUUGAGCUCUAACUCAGAACUUUCUUGCUUUCAUAUGUUUAUGAUAGAUGCUUAUUUAUAUUUUUAAAUAAUAGUUUGUGUCUUAAUUUCUUUUGUUCUUUUUCUUAACAUGAGUAUUAAAAAUGUGCUGCUGAUGUGCUGUAGUCUUCAUAGGCUUCAUAGGAACCAAUGCCAUAUCAACAACACAGUAAGAGUUUGCAAAAAUGUUUUGUGUUGUUUUCCUACAUAUUCAUAACACACAUUUGAGCUAAUCCACCAGCGCAUAUCACCACAUAAUGGGUCUCCUAUAGAAAUGCUGUGGCUAGACUUUGAGCAAUAGGCUUAAUCAUAGAAUACUAGAAUUGGAAAGGAUCUCGAGAGGUCCAGUCCCCUACCUUCACAACAGGACCAAGAACUGUCUAGAUCAUCCCUGACAGGUGUCUGUCUAACCUGCUCUUAAAUAUAUCCAGUAAUGGAGAUUCUAAAACCCC